CGUAAGUGAAGUUCACCUGAUACGGGCUGAAUAAGAAUCUCAUUUGUCAGCGGUCAACCAACAAACACAAAACAGCGAGCCUUUGGGGGAAAAGGAACAGCACUUCGAGAGCAUGUGGUCUACUGAGUUUAGCAAAGGGGGUGUUGCUUGAGCUCUUCGUGAUGGAUGCACAUGAUAAAAAGAUGAACGAGCAUGGUGGUCAGGCCAAAUACCAGCAGGCCAGAGAAGAGCGAAAGAUGCUCCUCUCCCCUGCACACAAGUACAUUAUUGACAUGCUGGCUGCCGGGCUGUAUUUGGAUCCAACGACAGUAGAGGAAUUUAUUUUAGAUUCGUCUCUGGAUGCUUUUGAUAAAUUCUUCGCCAAAGAAGGUUGUAAAACCAUUUCCUUUGUGUAUCAAGAGGCAGAAAUACCAGGAAUUGAGUGUGGACGUUCAUAUCAUGGGACCACCGAAGGGGAAAAAAUAUUGAGACUGUUUGUAGCCAAUCUGUAUCAGACAUGCCUUACAGGCCGUUGCUGCACUUUCACACGGAUCAGAGUGGACGUUCCUGUGACUUCAGAAAACAUACGUAAGGAGAUCUUGUUUUCAAUGAUCGAUGCCAGAGAUGGCCUCUUUAAAGGAAUAAAGAAUUCCUUCAACCUUGUGCUACCAGCUCUUGAUGCAGCUCAAAACUGGGGUGACUUAGAUAAGUCUAGCCAUGGGAAAAAAAUAAUCAAGGAUUUCAAGUACACCAUGAAGCGUUGUAUUAACUCCUUAGAUGACAUCCAAAUGAGAAAUGAGAGUAUUGUACAUCUGAGUGCAGUCACAGACGUUGACUUCUCUACGUUGGCCUCCGUUAAUGACAUGAAAGUUGCAGCUGCUAAUCUUGACAUGGUGCAUCGACUGGAAGAAAAUCUGAUGCAGUGGUACAAACAAAUUGAGCAGGUCCUGAUUGAAAGUGAUCUGUUAAGGAAAGCGGUUGAUUCUGAAGGGCCACUAAGUGAGUUAGAACACUGGAAAACCAUGUCUGUACGGUUCAACUCCAUCAUCACUCACUUUAAAGGCCCAGAGUGUAAGGCAGUGGUUAUGGUGCUCCAUAUCAGCCGUUCCAAGAUCCUGAAGAAGUGGUGGGAGCUGGAUGCCAGGAUAACAAAUCGGACCAAUGAGGCAAAAGACAAUGUAAAAUUCCUUUCCACGCUGGAGGAAGUUUGUCAACCUCUGUACAACAGUGACCCGGUCACCAUGAUGGAAAGUGUGCAGAAUGUCAUCAAUGCUAUUCGAAUGAUUUACACUGUUUCCCUGUACUACAACACCAGUGAAAAGAUAUCUGCACUGUUAAUAAAAGUCACAAAUCAGAUGGUUACAGCGUGCAAAUCAUAUAUUACUGUCAAUGGCACAUCUCUAAUAUGGGACCAGGAUGCUGAAGAAAUGGUCAAGAAAAUCCAGGAAUGCAUCCGCUUACAUGAGGAAUAUCAGUCUUGCUUCCAGAAGACAAAGAAAAAAAUAAUGGAAAAACCUGGAAAAGGGUCAUUUGCGGUUUCAGAGAAGCAGAUUUUUUACAAAUUUGAGGGCUUCUGCAAGCAACUACAAAAGAUCACAGACAUUGUUACCGUGUUCAAGACAUUCAAAUCUCUUGAAAAAUCUAACAUUGAGGGCAUUGAGAUUCUUGCCAAGCAAUUCCACACGGUUUCCCUGAACAUGAAAAUGUUGCCGUAUGAUAUUCUGGCUCCAAGGACAGAAUUUGAUACAGAUUUCACAAAGUUUAUGACUCAAAUCAGCCACAUUGAGAAACAGCUCAAGGCAUUUAUGAGUUCAUUCUUCACACACAUCAUCUCAUCUCAGCAAUCUCUGUCCCUAAUACAGCGUUUUCAGAGGCUGAAUAUGCCCUGUCUUGAGAUGGAAAUUUCCAAACUCCUGAGUGUCAUUCUUCAACACUAUGCCUCUGAAGUAGAGUUUGUGAGAAAGCUCUAUAACCAAAAGAAAGAUGACCCUCCCUUAGCUAGAAACAUGCCUCCUGUGGCUGGGAGGAUAGCUUGGGUUAGGCAUCUCUACAAAAAAAUUGAGGAACCCAUCACAUACAUUAAAAAAAACUCUGACAUCUUGUGCAGCCCUGAGGGACAAAAUGUGGUCAAAAUGUACAACCAAACUGCAGCUGUGUUUGUAGAGUUUGAAUGUGUUUACCACAGAGCAUGGAUGGAUGAAGUAUCAAAACUUACAUAUGUCUUGAACAUUACACUGCUGGUUCGUCACCCAGAAACUAAUAAAUUAGUUCUCAACUUUGACCCUAAAGUAACUGAGGUCAUUUGUGAUGGUAAGCGGUUGUUGAAGAUGGGUCUGGAGGUUCCACAACAGGCUUUGCGUCUGGUCAAGUUGGAAAGCGAAAUAAAGGCCAACCAUUUCAGACUGCAGACCAUUUUGGCCGACUAUGAGUCGACUUGUGAGAGUAUUCCGGCCGAAUUCACCCAUCUGAUGGCUCCAAAGAUAAAAAAUGUGGAAUCUGUGCUUCGCCAAGGGGCAGUGCUGCUCACUUGGUCAUCCUUCCUGCUGGACAAGUUCUUUCAAAAUGUUGACACUGCUUUGUUUGAGCUCAAACAUCUUCUAAAGAAGGUGCUGGAUAUCUGUGAGGUACACAUUGACGAUGUCCUUACAGACAUCUCAAAGACUAUGCUAAUUGAGCUCCCUGAAUGUCAUGCGUCUUCAAUGCAGGAAUUGAUUGACCAUAAUGAGGAACUAUGUAAGGAGAGGGCAAAGACAUUAAACUCCAAGUGUAGUUGUAUUAAAGAAGCUGUGAAGGAGCUGGGGAAAGUCUUCGGUUCCAUUUAUGUUUCAAAAGACACAGAGAAGACUGCAAGGGAACCUAUUUCAGGAAGGAAGAGUGUUACAUUCUCCAGUGAGAGCCAGAAGCCCACUAGUGAGGAUGAAGGUCCAGACAGAAAUAAAGCCAUCAAAUUUGAAAAGGACUUUAAGAUGCUUUAUGAAUACUUUAGUGCAAAGGUAUUUGAAGCACUGGUCAAAUCAACCAAACUUUCUCUGGAUAUCUUGAAAAAGAGUAUUUGUGUUCCUAGCUCUACAUCAAUAAAAGGGACGUUUGGUAAUUUCCAGAAGUCAAUAUCUAAGAUUAAGGUAGUCCCGCUCAUAACAUGUGCAGUCCAACUGGUUAUUCCCAAAGUGGUAAUUAUUCCAAAUGUAGAUGAGAUCCAACAGGGCAUAAAUCAACUAACUGACAUGGUGUUGGAAAUCAGCAAGGGCAUUGUAUGGCAGCAGGGCUACAGUCUCGAUGGUGCAAAUAAGACAGGUGGAGAAAAGGAGAAUUUAUAUCACAGGGUUGUUGAACAAAGAGAAAUCAAAAAGGUUUCACUCGUUCUGAAAUCAGCAUUCAGCUCCCAAAGAGGACAAGUAUCCGAUGUUCUAAAGCAGUUCGACCAAUUCAGUGAGAUCUGGGAGGAAGACAGGAACGUCAAAGUCAAGGAAUUCAUGGGAGGCCAUCCAUCCUUGAUCCAGAUGAAAUAUGAAAUCCAACGCUAUGACUCAAUUGAACAAGAAAUUAAUGGUAUCGAACCCACCAUUGUUUUGGGGGCAACUGAAAUGUCAACAGAGCCAUUAAAGACGUCCUUGAAAGUUGAGACCAAAGCCUGGAAGACACUGUUGUGUAAAUACCUGAAGGAGGAGUACAGGAAGAAAAUGAUUGACACCAGCAUACAUACCACCAAAUAUCUUGGACAAUUAUCUCGCCCCGUGACUAAUCUGGAAGAUGUGCGUCGCGCCAUGGGGGCCCUGUCUAAACUCCGGGAUACCGAAAUUCAAACUGACGAGACAUUGACUUCCAUUAAGGAAGCGUAUGAUACGUUGACCAAAUAUGAAAUAGAGGUGCCCAAAAGAGAAGCAGAGGGAGUGGAUAACAUGAGACAUUUUUUCACUAAGCUUCAGUCUAAAGCCAGAUCAGUCCAAGAUGAGCUUGGACUUAGGCAACCCAAGUUAAAAAAAAACCUUCUGGUUGGUGUUGCCAUUUUCCAAAAUGAUGUUGCCACUUUUUUAAGACGAUAUGAUUCAGAAGGCCCCAUGGUUGAUGGAAUAGCUCCACAGGAAGCUAGCCGCCGACUCCAGAUCUAUCAAGUCAGAUUUGAAGAGGUGUGGAGAAAUUUCACCACAUAUACGUCUGGGCAGCAGCUUCUUGGCUUGCCAGUCACAAAAUUUGACUCUCUCGAAAUUAAAAAAAAAGAGCUUGACCUGCUACAGAAACUCUACAGCCUCUAUGAUGCAGUGAUGAGUAAGAUAAGCGGUUACUUCGGCAUUCUAUGGACAAAUCUGGAUAUUGAGAAGAUCAAUGGAGAACUUUUAGAUUUUCAGAACAGGUGCCGAAAGCUCCCAAAAGGACUGAAAAACUGGCAAGCCUUCGAAGACCUGAAGAAGACGAUUGAUGAUUUCAAUGAGUCAUGCCCUCUGCUUGAGAUGAUGGCAAACAAAUCUGUAAUGAAGAGACACUGGGACAGGAUUGCAGACUUGACUGGGCACCCAUUUGAGGUGGAGUCCAAAACCUUCACACUGCAGAAUAUCAUGGAAGCACCUCUGUUGAAGUACAAGGAUGAUAUUGAGGACAUCUGCAUUUCAGCUGUUAAGGAGAAGGAUAUUGAGGCCAAGUUGUCACAAGUGAAAGAAGUUUGGAUCAGCCAGACCCUGAGCUUGAUGACAUUCAAGGAUAGGGGUGAACUGAUGUUGAAAGGGGGUGACACAGCAGAGAUACUUACCAUCCUGGAGGAUAGUCUGAUGGUGCUAGGAUCACUGCUAAGCAACAGGUACUGUACCUACUACAAAGCAGAGAUCCAGGACUGGGUGUCGAAGCUUACAAUCUCAUCUGAAGUCAUUGAACAGUGGGUUAUUGUACAAAACCUAUGGAUCUACUUGGAGGCUGUGUUUGUUGGGGGUGAUAUAGCAAAAGACCUCCCACAGGAAUCAAAACGUUUUCAGAACAUUGACAAGUCCUGGAUUACGAUUAUGCAGCGAGCCCAAAAAGUCCCAAAUGUGGUGGAGUGUUGUACGGGCAAUACAACUCUGGCAGAGCUCCUAACAGAUCUUCAGAAACAACUGGAAUCUUGUCAAAAAUCUCUUGCCGGGUACUUGGAGAAAAAGAGGCUUCUCUUCCCACGGUUCUUCUUUGUUUCUGAUCCGGCCCUUUUGGAGAUCCUUGGGCAAGCCAGUGAUUCUCACACAAUUCAGUCACAUCUUCUCGGAGUGUUCGACAAUAUUAAUGAAGUGGAGUUUCAUCCAACUGAGUAUGACAAGAUAUUGGCAGUUAUUUCACAAGAGGGAGAAAAACUACUGCUGGAUAGUCCUAUCAUGGCACAGGGACCAGUGGAGCUGUGGCUCGGGGAGCUGUUGUUACAACAGCGGGCUUCAUUACACUCUGUUAUCAAAGCUUCAGAUGUGGAGAUCAACGAUGCAGACUUCGAUCUUCUCUUUUUCCUCAACAAGUUUCAAGCACAGGUUGGCUUGCUCGGAAUCCAGAUGGUUUGGACCAGAGAUGCAGAAGAGGCACUAAAGAUAGCUGAAGAUGACAGGGAGGCCAUGCCAUUUACCAAAAAGAAAUUUCUUGAUCUACUCAGGGAACUCAUUAAUCAAACCACUCAUGACCUGAGCAAAUUUGACAGAGUCAAAUUUGAGACUCUCGUCACAAUCCAUGUUCACCAGAGUGAUAUAUUUAAUGACCUGGUCAAAAAGCGUGUAAAAUCUCUCAGUGACUUUGAAUGGCUGAAGCAGAGCAGAUUUUACUUCAGACAUGACCAGGACCAUGUCCUUGUGUCAAUUACUAAUGUGGACUUUAUUUAUCAGAAUGAGUUCCUAGGCUGUACCGACCGCCUGGUCAUCACUCCUCUGACUGACAGGUGUUAUAUCACACUGUCCCAGGCUCUGGGUAUGAGCAUGGGAGGAGCCCCUGCUGGGCCAGCCGGCACCGGAAAGACUGAAACUACUAAAGACAUGGGUCGCUGCCUCGGCAAGUAUGUGGUGGUGUUCAACUGCUCGGAUCAGAUGGACUUCAGAGGACUUGGCAGGAUAUACAAAGGCCUUGCUCAGUCUGGAUCCUGGGGCUGUUUUGAUGAGUUUAACAGAAUCGACCUGCCCGUGCUUUCGGUUGCUGCGCAGCAGAUCUGCAUUGUUCUGACAGCACGCAAAAAGUACAAAAGCAGUUUCAUCUUUACCGAUGGAGACGUUGUAAAUCUGAAUCCAGAGUUUGGCCUAUUUAUCACUAUGAACCCUGGAUAUGCAGGUCGUCAGGAACUUCCUGAAAACCUAAAGGUGCAAUUCCGGACAGUUUCAAUGAUGGUGCCUGACCGGCAGAUCAUCAUGAGAGUGAAAUUAGCCAGUUGUGGAUUCAAUGAGAAUGUCAUCUUAUCCCGGAAAUUCUUUGUCCUCUAUAAAUUGUGUGAAGAACAGCUUACAAAACAGGUUCACUAUGACUUUGGCCUGAGGAACAUUCUGUCUGUGUUAAGAACACUUGGGGCCAAUAAAAGAGCACAACCUGAUGACACCGAGUCCAGCACCGUCAUGAGAGUGCUGCGAGACAUGAAUCUUUCCAAAUUAGUGGAUGAGGAUGAGCCCCUUUUCCAUAGCCUAAUCAAUGACUUAUUCCCUGGCAUCCUGCUGGGUGGGAGCACGUAUGUUGAACUUCAAGCUGCUGUUUCCCAUCAAGUUGAGCUGGCUGGUAUUGUCAACCACCCACCGUGGAACCUUAAACUGGUUCAGCUUUACGAGACUUCAAGAGUGCGUCAUGGCCUGAUGACGUUGGGCCCAAGUGGUGCUGGUAAGACCACAGUCAUCAACACGCUCAUGCGAGCUCUGAGUGAAUGCGGAUCGCCGCACAGGGAGAUGCGCAUGAACCCCAAAGCGAUCACUGCACCACAGAUGUUUGGUCGUCUUGAUGCAGCCACCAAUGAUUGGACUGAUGGGAUCUUUUCCACUCUGUGGAGGAGGACACUGAAAGCCAAGAAAGGGGAGUUCAUAUGGAUUGUGCUUGAUGGCCCUGUGGACGCCAUAUGGAUUGAGAACCUGAACUCUGUGCUGGAUGAUAACAAAACUCUAACCCUGGCUAAUGGUGACCGAAUUACCAUGUCGCCAUCCUGCAAGCUGGUGUUUGAGGUGCACAACAUGGAUAAUGCCUCCCCCGCUACUGUAUCUCGGGUGGGAAUGGUCUUCAUGAGCUCCUCGGCUCUUAGCUGGCAGCCCAUUCUCCAGGGAUGGGCUCACAAGCACAUUCCAAAAGAAGCAGGAAGCAUUGUGAAUUUGUAUGAAAGGAUGUUUGACGAUGCUUACUUGUAUAUGAAGCAUAAUCUUAAACCCAAAAUGGAGCUUCUGGAAUGCAACUACAUAAUGCAGUCAGUGAAUCUGCUGGAGGGCCUCAUUCCAACCAAGGAGGCAGGGGGCUUGGCCGGUAGUAAACAUCUUGAACGCCUUUUUGUCUUCUGCCUGAUGUGGAGCCUGGGAGCCAUUUUGGAGUUAGAGGAUAGAGACAAACUAGAGGAGUACCUUAGAGCCCAUGAUAGUGGCAUCGAUUUGCCUAAAACACAGUCAGGAGAGACCAUAUUUGAGUACAUGGUCAGCACAAACGGUGAAUGGUGUCAUUGGAAUGUCCUUGUGGGGGAGUAUGUCUAUCCGACUGAUUCUGUGCCAGAUUACGCCUCCAUUCUUGUGCCAAAUGUGGAUAACACAAGAACCUCUUUCUUGCUGGAGACUAUUGCCAAACAACGCAAGGCUGUACUACUUAUUGGUGAACAAGGGACAGCUAAGACAGUAAUGAUAAAAAGUUACACAAAGAAAUAUGAUCCUGAGACGGACCUGUCGAAGUCCCUGAACUUCUCAUCUGCCACAGAACCGCUGAUGUUUCAGCGUACAAUGGAAAGCUACAUUGAGAAAAGGAUGGGCAGCACUUAUGGACCCCCAGGGGGACGCAACAUGACAAUCUUCAUUGAUGAUAUCAACAUGCCCAUUGUCAAUGAAUGGGGAGAUCAGAUUACCAAUGAGAUAGUACGCCAGAUGAUGGAAAUGAGCGGCAUGUACAACCUGGACAAACCAGGGGACUUUACCACAAUUAAGGACGUACAGAUUCUGGCUGCUAUGAUUCAUCCUGGUGGUGGGAGAAACGACAUUCCGCAAAGACUGAAGAGACAGUUUACUGUCAUAAACUGUACUCUGCCGUCCAACACAUCCAUCGAUAAGAUCUUUGGUUUAAUCGGCUGUGGAUAUUUCCAUGCUUGCAGGAAGUUCAAGCUUGAGAUUUCAAAUAUGGUGAAGCGUCUUGUGUCUGCUGCAAGGAUUUUAUGGCAGUGGACAAAGGUAAAAAUGCUUCCUACACCAUCCAAGUUCCACUACAUCUUCAAUUUGAGAGAUUUGUCAAGGAUCUGGCAAGGGAUGUUAAACAUUAAGGCCGAGGAGUGUAAUGAUGUGCCUACUCUCCUGGCACUUUUCAAAAGUGAAUGUACACGAGUGAUUGCUGACAGGUGCAUAUCCUCUGGGGACAGAGAGUGGUUUACGAAGGCUGUAACCCGUGUGAUUAAAGAGCACGUUGACCCAUGUCUUGUCCCUGAACUUCAUCCUGAUCCCUACUUUGUGGACUUCUUCCGAGAUCCUCUCGAGCCCACUGGAGAAGAAGAUGAUAAUUCCUGUUUUGAUGCUCCCAAAAUUUAUGAACUGGUGCCAAAUUUUGAGUUCCUAUCAGAAAAGCUAAUAAUGUAUCAGGCUCAACAUAAUGAGAUUGUAAGAGGCUCCCAUUUAGAUCUGGUGUUCUUCACGGAUGCCAUGACUCAUCUUGUCAAGAUUUCAAGAAUCCUUCGAACUGACAAUGGAAAUGCCCUGCUUGUGGGAGUUGGUGGAUCAGGGAAACAGAGCUUGACUCGCCUGGCCUCAUACAUAGCUGGAUACAGCAUCUUCCAGAUCACAUUGACAAGAACAUACAAUAUAAGCAAUUUCAUGGAUGACCUGAAGCUGUUGUACAAAACAGCCGGGGUUGACGGAAAAGGCAUCACCUUCAUCUUCACAGACAAUGAAAUAAAAGAAGACGCCUUUCUUGAGUGCCUCAACAAUGUUCUUUCUUCUGGAGAGGUGUCAAACCUUUUUGCCAAAGAUGAGAUCACUGAGAUAACCCAGAACCUGAUACCUGUGAUGAAAAAGGAGUUUCCUCGAGUGCCACCAACUUUUGACAAUCUUUAUGACUACUUCAUAUCCCGGGCCAGAAAGAAUCUGCAUGUUGUUCUUUGCUUCUCGCCGGCAGGGCAGAAGUUCCGUUCCAGAUCCUUGAAGUUCCCAGGGUUAAUUUCUGGCUGCACUAUGGAUUGGUUCACCCCUUGGCCUAAAGAGGCUCUAGUGGCUGUGUCCAAUUAUUUCUUGUCGGGGUUUCCAAUGGUUUGUACUGCAGCUGUGAAGGCUUCUGUGGUGACCACCAUGGGUACCUAUCAUGAAAAUGUAUCUGAUACUUGUGAAAGCUACUUUGAAAGGUUUCGAAGAAGAACUCAUGUCACCCCUAAAUCCUACCUGUCAUUCGUAAAUGGGUACAAAACACUGUACUCUGAAAAGCACAACUUUAUCAACACACUAGCAGAGCGCAUGAAUGUUGGGUUGGACAAACUGAUGGAGGCUAGUACGUCUGUGGCCCAACUGUCCAAAGACCUUGAAGUCAAGGAAAAAGAGAUAGAGAUAGCAUCAAGAAAAGCUGAUAAGGUGGUGGCAGAGGUGACUGUUAGUGCUGAAGCGGCUACCAUUGUAAAGAACGAGGUCCAAGUUGUGAAGGAUAAAGCCCAGAAAAUUGUGGACGGAAUUGAGAUGGAGAAAUCUAUUGCAGAGGGAAAACUUGAGGCUGCCAAGCCAGCUUUAGCAGAGGCUACAGCAGCGCUAAAUACAAUCAAGCCGGCUGACAUUGCGACCGUGAAGAAAUUAGCCAAGCCUCCACAUCUGAUAAUGAGGAUUACGGAUUGCUGCCUGCUGUUGUUCCAGAAGAGGCUGGACUCUGUCUCCAUUGAUCCAGAACGGCUGUGUAUUAAGCCAUCCUGGAUAGAAGCACAAAAGCUCCUUGGUGCAUCUGGUUUUUUAACGUCCCUCCAGCAGUUCCAAAAAGACAAAAUGAAUGGGGAAACAACAGAGCUGCUGCAGCUGUACUUUGAAAUGAAUGAUUACACAAUGGAAAACGCCAAGAAAGUAUGUGGUAAUGUUGCUGGUUUGCUAGCGUGGACCCGGGCAAUGGCCACAUUCUAUGGUAUCAACAAAGAAGUGCUGCCACUCAAGGCUAACAUAGCCAUUCAGGCCAGCCGGCAAAUAGCAGCUAAUAAUAGGCUAGGCGUGGCUGAGGCUCAGCUGGCUGAAAAGCAAGCAGAGUUUGACAAAGUCAAGGCCAAAUGUGACGCUGCCAUGAAAGAGAAACAGGACUUGUUGGACGAUGCUGAGAUGUGUAGGAAUAAAAUGCAGGCUGCAUCUGCACUUAUAGAUGGACUUAGUGAAGAGAAAGUUCGCUGGAUAAAGCAAAGCAAACAAUUUAAAUCACAGAUCAACAGACUUGUGGGGGAUGUGCUCCAGCUCACUGGCUUCUUGUCUUAUUGUGGGCCAUUCAACCAGAGUUUCCGUGACAUGUUAUUGAAGGACAUCUGGGUAAAGGAGCUCAGGAAUCAUAAAAUCCCCUUUACAGAAAAUCUCAGCCUCAUUUCUGACCUAGUGAACCCUACCACUAUAAGCGAAUGGAACCUUCAAGGACUUCCAGGAGAUGAUUUGUCUGUGCAGAAUGGCAUAAUUGUCACAAAAGCAACAAGAUAUCCCCUCCUCAUAGAUCCCCAGACUCAGGGAAAGGCUUGGAUUAAGGAAAAAGAAAAGGCUAAUUCUCUCCAGGUGACCUCACUCAACAACAAGUUAUUUCGCUCUCAUUUGGAAGACUGUCUUUCUCUGGGACACCCACUUCUUAUUGAAGACGUGUGUGAGGACCUGGACCCUGCCCUGGACAAUGUCCUUGAGAAAAACUUUAUUAAAUCUGGGACCAGGUUCAAGGUUAAAGUGGGAGACAAAGAGGUAGGCGUAAUGGAUGGCUUCCAGCUGUAUAUAACCACCAAACUGCCUAACCCAGCAUUCACCCCAGAAGUCAGUGCAAAGACAUCCAUCAUUGAUUUCACUGUCAACAUGAAGGGCCUCGAGAACCAGCUACUUGGACGCGUCAUCCUCAGAGAGAAAUAUGAACUGGAGGCAGAAAGAUUAAAACUAAUUGAGGAUGUAACUGCCAAUAAGAUAAAAAUGAAGGAGUUGGAAGACAACUUGCUGUACAAACUCAGCAGCACAAAAGGUUCCUUGGUCGAUGAUGACUCAAUGAUCGGCAUCCUGAGUACAACUAAGCACACUGCAGUAGAAGUUGGUGUUAAGCUCAGUGUGGCAGCAAAAGCAGAGGUCGAGAUCAACAUAGCUCAAGAAGAAUAUCGUCCUGUUGCCUCCCGAGGGAGCAUCCUUUACUUCCUCAUCACAGAGAUGAGCAUGGUCAAUGUCAUGUACCAAACGUCCCUCGGUCAGUUCCUCAAAAUCUUUGACCUGUCACUGGCAAGGUCGGAGAAGUCGUCAAAAACUCAAAAGCGGAUUUCAAACAUUAUUGAAUGUCUGACCUAUGAGGUGUUCAGAUACACAGUGAGAGGUCUAUAUGAAAACCACAAGUUUAUCUUCACACUCUUGCUGGCUCUCAAGAUUGACUUGCAAAAUAAAAAAAUAGAGCAUGAGCAUUUUCAAAUACUAAUUAAAGGUGGCGCUGCUCUUGACCUCAGGACCUGCCCCACUAAACCAUUCAGUUGGAUCCUUGAUAUGGUAUGGCUAAAUUUAGUGGAACUUGGCAAAUUGCCACAGUUCACUAAUAUCACAGCCCAGGUAUCGCAAAAGGGCAAACUCUGGAAAGCAUGGCUCAAUCUUGAUGCCCCAGAGGACGGUGUGAUCCCAGAUGGAUACAACUCCCUCGAUGUCUUCCUUAAACUUUUGUUGAUAAGGUCUUGGUGUCCUGACCGUACCUUGUCUCAGGCCAAAAAGUAUGUAGGAGAAUCCCUGGGCGAGAAGUUUGCCGAACCGGUCAUCUUGAGCCUUCACGGCACAUGGGAGGAGAGUGAUCCUCGCACGCCUUUAAUUUGCUUCCUUUCUAUGGGUUCAGAUCCCACAGACCAAAUUGAAGCACUGGCUAAGAAACUGAACCUUGAAUGCAGAGCUGUCUCCAUGGGCCAAGGGCAGGAGGUGCAUGCAAGGAAGCUUCUUAAGACAUCAAUGAUGCAGGGAGGCUGGGUCCUUCUGCAAAAUUGCCACCUGGGCCUGGAUUUUAUGGAUGAGUUGCUGGAAACUAUCUCAACGGCUGAGACCAUGCAUGAUACCGUCAGGGUUUGGAUCACCACAGAACCACACGAUCAUUUCUCCAUCACACUCCUACAGUCCUCUAUAAAGUUUACCAACGAUCCACCCCAAGGAGUGCGUGCUGGCUUGAAACGAACAUUUGCCGGAAUUUCCCAGAACCAGUUGGAAGUCAGUAACCUGCCCAUGUGGAAGCCUAUCCUAUACAGUGUGGCCUUUCUCCACACCGCUGUACAGGAACGACGUAAAUUUGGACCAUUGGGUUGGAACAUACCAUAUGAAUUUAACUCCGCUGAUUUCACUGCAAGUGUCGAAUUUGUUGAGAGACACUUGGAUGAUUGCGGACCCAGGAAGGAUGUCUCUUGGGUCACUGUGCGAUACAUGCUAGCCGAAGUGCAAUAUGGAGGAAGGGUGACCGAUGACUAUGACAAACGCCUACUCAAAUGUUUUGCCCGUGAGUGGUUCAGUAAAAAGAUGUCUGACCCGUCCUUUUGCUUCUACACGGGGUACAACAUUUCUGUGUGCAAGACAGUGGACGAGUACAUGGAAUGUAUUCAGAACUUGCCCGCUAUAGAUUCACCUGAGGUGCUGGGGCUGCAUUCUAAUGCUGAUAUCACGUAUCAGACAAACACAUCUGCUGAGGUGCUAGACACAAUCACAAAUAUCCAGCCGAAGGAAAGCGGCGGUGGAUCAGGAGCGACCCGCGAGUCAAUCGUUUACAAAUUGGCGCAGGACAUGUUGGAGAAACUGCCCCCCAACUAUGUGCCACAUGAGGUCACAUCCAAGCUGCUGAAGAUGGGAGCUAUGAACCCAAUGAACAUCUUCCUACGUCAGGAGGUCGAUCGAAUGCAAAGAAUCAUCAAUGUGGUUCGCAUUAGUCUGACUGAGCUGAAACUAGCCAUUGAUGGCACUAUCAUAAUGAGCGAGAACCUCCGUGAUGCCCUGGACAAUAUUUUUGAUGCCCGUGUGCCAAACCUGUGGAGGAAAAUCUCCUGGGAGUCGUCCACACUGGGCUUUUGGUUCACAGAGCUUCAGGAGAGAAACAAACAGUUCAAUAGCUGGGUGUUUAUUGGCAGACCUAAAACAUUUUGGAUGACAGGCUUCUUCAACCCGCAAGGGUUCUUAACGGCUAUGAGGCAAGAAGUAACAAGGGCUAACAAAGGAUGGGCUCUGGACAGUGUCACGCUGACCAACAAAGUGCUAAAGCAUUCACAGGAAGAGAUCACAGCAUCACCCAGAGAGGGAGUUUAUGUUCAUGGUCUGUACCUGGAGGGCGCUGGCUGGGACAAGAAGAACACCCAUCUCAUUGAGUCCUCAGCCAAAGUGCUAUUCACAGCCUUGCCUGUCAUCCACAUGUUUGCCAUCAACUCCACUGCCCCCGUGGAUCCGAAGCUGUAUGUCUGCCCCGUCUACAAGAAACCGAGGCGAACAGACCUCAAUUACAUCACAGCAGUGGCGUUGCCGACCAUGAAGUCCCAGUCCCCAGAUCAUUGGAUCAUGCGUGGGGUUGCUCUGCUCUGUGACAUCAAAUAAAAUACAGCUGCCCGUCUUUUUUAAUAUGAAAUGUUGCUUAAAUAAAAAAUAAAAAUAUUUUUAAUCUGAAAUGUC